AUGGGGCGUGGGGUUACCACCUACAAUGAAUGCACAACAGAAGCUCUUGUCAAAUGUAGAAGCUCUCUUUCCUGUUGGUGUGUUUUUAGAUAUAGAGAGCAACUUUCCUAUGAAGAACUCUCAGGAAUGACAUUUGUCAAGAUGUCCGCCGUCCCGAGGCACUUUGGCCUGAAACACACAGAAGAGUCGUACAUGUUUAAGGAGCGAGAGAAGGUUCGCCAGGAGACCAAGAAAGAUUUUCUCCGGUUCAAGCAGAAGCUGGCCGCCAAGCCGGCUGCAGACGGAGGCCCCUCACCACGAACUUCACCUCUUACUCCACCACCUUCUCCAUCAACUACCGGUCACUGGGCUCCAUCCAGCUGCCCAGCAUCCCAGCAUUCCAGUGUCCAGUCUACCAGCAGUGUGGCCAGCGUCUAUGUAGGUGCCAGGAGCUUGGGCUCCCAGAUCUCUGUGUCCUCCUCCACCAACUUCCAGGGUGGCUGGGGAUCCGGAGACCUGGCUGCAGGGAUGGCCUGGGGGCUGGGCAGCACCCAGAAGUCGAGUAUGAGACAGCUGGCCAGGCGCCUGUCUAUAGGGAACAACAUCAAUGCACUCUGCAAGGUCAUUGAUGACACCACUGUCACUUGGCUGCAGCUGGAGACAGAGACAGAAGAUCUCAAGGAAGAGCUGCUCUUCAUGAAGAAGAACCAUGAGGUGGAAGAUAUUUCUUUAAUGGGAAAAAUAUACGUCAGAACAUCUCAGAUGCAAGUAAAAACACCUCAGAUACCAGAAGAGCAAAGAUUACAGAUAAAAGUUGAGGAACCUCAAAAGAGUAUUCUUAAAGAGCUUCCUGAAACCGUGUCAAGUAUUUUACAGAUUGAACUGGAGGAUGUAGAGUGGGGAGCCUCAGAAGCAGAAAGCACAGUGUUUAAACCACAGGAAAUUUUAGAAAUUCAGCCAGCAGAGGAAUUAAGUAAACCUUCAGAAGAUGGGCAGCCCACAAGUGAUUCAAAAGCAGCCAAGUGGGCAACCUUAAAGGUGAAAUCAUCAGAAUUCUUGCAAAUCAAAGGAAAAGAAGUUAAGCGAAUGCAGAAAAGCAGAUCAGGAAUUUCAUCACUGAGACCAAGAAAGUCUUUAAAACCCCCUCAGGAUCUGAAACUACAUAAAAAAAUUCCACAAGACUCGUCCAUUCCUCGCCUGCAUGGUCUGUGCACCACCAUCCCAAUCCGGGAACUGCCCAUUGACUUGUGCCUGGCUUCUCGAGUAUAUCACACUCCUGACAAGAAAGGCCAUACUGCCCUGCUCGGGAUAUUUGGAGCAUCUUUCUUAGAUGAUUGCUUUACAGAUGAAGAACAAAGAGACAGAAUAUUAUAUGGAAUUCCUGUCAUGAAUGACAACCAAGAUUAUGUUCAUGCUCCUUCAACACCACCAAGGAUAUUACCUGAAUUGGCACGAGGAACUACGCAGCAUGCUCACAAACCACAACUGAGAGUCUUGGGAGAGGAAGUGUGUGCUUAUCCAGAAUUUACGAAGUUGUUUUGGAAUACAGCUGCGCCCAAAUUUUCUGUUCCAGAAUCUGUCAUGAAGGAAACGCUGUAUCCAAAAUAUGAGAGUGUUCAAGGAAGCAGACUUUUAACUGAGAAAUUUGUAUCUGAAAGCAAGGAAAAUGUCAUUAUUUCAGAUCAUUUUAGUAGAACAAAUUUGAAGUCAUUCUUACUAAGAAAAUCUGCAUCAUAUGAAAAUAUCAAAAAAUGUUUCAAUGUACAACUUCCACAACUAAAGAAAGUAAAAUCUUUAGUUGAAUUGAGGAAGAAGGAGACUAUAGUCCCUUUGGAAAUCAAGGAUGACAUGCAAAACAGUAUAAAAGAAGUUAUGUUCCAGAAAGCAAGGGAGUUGAAGCGCCAACUUGCUAAGCAAAAUAAAACUGAGGAGUUCAUCUAUGAGAAAAAAAAUAUAGAAGUCAUCUUUGAUAACAUUCAUGAAAAACACAGUUUGAAAGAUCUGUCUUUCUCUCUCAUUGAAGCAUCUAGAAAAGCUGGCAUUAGUUACAUUGUUUAUCCCAAGGGAAAGACGAUGAAAUGGAAGAAAAGAUUGAAACAACAAAAACUUGCAGAAGUGUAUAAUGAGCUAUCCAAGCCUCCAAAAUCUCUUAAAAGAUCAACAUCUCAUGGAAUACUUCCUGAACAGAAGAAGUAUUUGCUCAAAGUUCCAUUAUACGAACGUCAAAUACGGUGUCCUAGCUUACCUACGUGUUUAAAUUUUGAAACAUUUAUCCAAAGUGAGGGAGGAAUUCCAGAAAACAGUGAUCCUCGAACGUGGGCUCUUGAAAUAUGCACUAAGCACAAAGUCCAGAGCGCGCCCAUACCAGAGAAGAAAGUUGAUAAAAUGUCUCUUCUCGAAGACCUGCCUGAAAAACUGCAAGAACCACCCAAACUAGAACUAAGUGAUUGUUUGGAAUCUGAGCUUCCACUGGAGAUUGUUAAAUAUUUUGAAUCUCAAGUGGAGAUUUUGACUGAGGAAAUAAAUAAUACGAAAAAAUAUCCUGCAUUUGCAUAUUGUAGGCGUGGAGCUAUUUAUAGGAAACUGGGAAAAUUGCAGAGUGCCAUGAAUGAUUUGCAGGAAGCUAUAUUCUUGGAGCCAUUGUUUCUCAAUGCCUAUUGGCAUCGACAUUUCAUUUAUCUUUUCCAAGACAAAAUUAGUGAAGCUUUGGAUGACUUGAAUUAUAUACUUAAAUACAAUAAAAAUCAUGCAGAGGCAUAUUUAUCAAAGGCAGAAAUUUUCAGGGAAAGAAAAGAAAUUACUCUGGCAAUUCUAAACUAUUCCCAGGCAAUUAAGUGCAAGCCAAUAGAUGCUGAUAUCUAUUUUCGGAGGGGUGAGAUGAAUGAAAUAGCAAACAAAGUGCUGGCCAUUGAUGACUUUUCUAAAUGUAUUUUUUAUGAUCCCAAAAGAACAGAUGCAUUAUUGAAACGUGGGCUAUUUUAUUUUGAAAACAAAAGCUGGCUUGCAGCCAUACAGGAUUUUACAUCAUUGUUAAAUAUAGAUCACCAAAAUUCUCAAGCAAGGACAUACCGAGGGAGAGCAUAUUUUAAACGGAACUUUCAUAAACAAGCAACUCAAGAUUUUUCUGCUGCAGUUCACUUAGAUCCUAGUAACUGGGUAGCAUUCUAUUAUCGAGCUUGCUCAUUUAGAAAGAGUAACCCUUUUAGAGCGCUACAGGAUUAUAGCGUUUCAGCUCUCAUAAAUGAUAGCUAUGAGAAUCUUUAUUGUUUUCUACAUCGGGGCAUUCUCUAUGCACAUCUAAAGCUUUGGAUGCUGGCAAUUUGUGACUUUGAAACUGUUAUAUCUCUAGAAAGAACUGUUACUUUGGCUUAUAUAAAUAUUGGCCUUAUACAUCUGCUAUACCUGGACAACUACACUGAAGCCAUUUGGCAAUUUUCUGAAGCUAUUAGAAUUGAUCCGUUAUGCAUUCAAAGUUAUAUUUGUCGAGCAGAAGCCUAUUAUAAGUCACAUAAAUUGAAAAAGGCAGUAAAUGAGUUGUCUCGUGCUAUUCACCUUCAGCCAGAUGGAAUCCAAUUAUAUAUAAUAAGAGGACAAUAUCUUUUGAUGAUGAAAUGCUAUGAUCUUGCAAAGUUUACUAUUUAUCAAGUAGCAGAAAUAAACAAAGGUCUCAUUGAGCUGAAUUCUAUACAGCAAGCACUUAUUUAUUCAUUUUGUGAAAACCAUGACAAGGCCAUUCAGGUCUUGGAGGCAAUCACUUGGAAUAGACCUGAGGCGACCAUGUAUGUUGUAUUAGCAAAAGCACAAAUGAAGGCCAAGAGAAUCAAGGAAGCUGUGAGGAUGUUUAAGAAAGCACUGGAUAUCUUUUCUCACUCUGAUAAAGGAUCAAAUGCCACAGCUCUUUCAGCAGACUGUCACCAUAACCUGGGUCUUUGUUACAUGGAGGAAGGCAACGUACAAAUGGCUUUAGAUUCUUUUACAAAAGCUGUGAAAGCAAAUCCCAAUUUUGCAGAAGGCUUUUAUCAACGAGGGCUUUGUAAAGCUAAACUCCACAAGGAUAAUUCAAUUCUGGAUUUUAAUCAUGCAAUUACUCUUGAUCCAAAACAUUACCAGGCAUAUCUAAGCCGAGUAGCCUUCUAUGGUUUAAAAGGCAGAUAUUCCAAAGCAAUCUUGAAUUGUAAUCAGGCUAUCAAAAUUUAUCCUGAGAGUGUGCGUGCCUAUCUCUACAGAGGAGUUCUGAAAUACUACAACAAGACUUAUAAGCUAGCAAUUACAGAUUUAACUACAGCUAUCAACAUGGACAAAAAGUGUUAUAUAGCAUUUUAUAACAGAGCAUUAUGUUACACCAAGAUAAGGGAGCUUCAGAUGGCAUUAACAGAUUAUGGAAUUGUGCUGCUCCUUGAUGCUGGAGAAACUAUAACAUUAAAUACCUUCAUUAAUCGUGGACUCAUCUACACAGAACUAGAACAGUAUGGCUUUGCAUUAGAG